CGACUACCACUCAUUUUCGCGCCCUCCUCGGCUGUUGUAUCGUACUUUUCCUUCGCUGUUGAGGCUGGUUCUGUUUAUAAGUUGCAUUGCCUAUUCUAUGUUGCGUCGCCAGUCUUGGAAAAGCACGUUGCGCUCUCCAUCUUUCGUUCUCUCGUGAUACUCGGGUCUUAAAAUACGUCAAAAGGCCUCAUCAUACCCUGAAUAUCCGUCAUACCUAAAAGCCACGAAUAAUGGCGAUAGGUGAAGUGCAGCGUCAGGCCCACUCGGGCAAUACUUCAGAUGCACUCCAUGACCGGUCAAUUAGUCUACGACGAGCACGGCCACCCAAUAUGGACUCCGUCCAAAGUGAGAACAGAGUGCCACUUCGCGCUGAGAAGUCAAUGAAAAGAGAGUCAAAGAUUGGGUUAAGGGGGAUUUUCAACAGGACGAAGGCAGGAAAGGGAGACAAAGACAUAAACGAAGAAUCAUCACGAAGCGCAUCACGGCCGCCAGGUAUUCGAGCUUCCCUGGUAGAUUUCAGCAACUGGCCAUAUAAGCUACAUUCAUCUCGCUCAGAGGCAUCCCUAGUCAGCCCGACGUCCGUCGACCCGCGGUCGAUCUCUACCGACAGGUUUAAUCCUCAUCUACCACAAAGUGAUUCCCAGAAGGACAGACUUCAACCGACUGCGCCUGUACGUGGACGUGUUAUCACUAAGCCAUGGACUCCACCACCUCUCUUCCAAGUUUACCCGCAGGCAGUGAAGCAUGCGACAUUGCCAGUUUGUAACGUCCCUUUGGAAACUCUCGCGCGAUAUAGCGAGGCAAGUAACAAACUCAGUCGCGGUCCUGGGAUGAAAACAUCAGAGCAUGGGAGCGAUCCCAGUCUCAUUAUGAAGGGCGAUACACUGAAGAAGAAGCAGAAACUUGCCAGUCUUAGGAAUCCGUCGGAAUGGACGAGUAAGAUAUUCGUCCUAGUCACUUCCGGAUAUUUACUACAAUACGCCGCUGAAGGCACUUUUAAUCGCGUACCAGAGAAGAUCUUGCAGCUGACGGCCACGUCUGCCGCCUACGCCAGUGACCUCAUCCCUGGGCGGCACUGGGUUUUACAGAUAGCUUCUACGACAGAUGCUGAUGGACACACGAUUGCGACCCCCAGAUCUCGUCGGUCAAAACUUUCAAUCAGGGAUAAUAGACACGUUUCCAAUAUGUUGCUCGUUUUUGAGAACCCAGAAAGUAUGGAUAAUUGGUUGGCGAUCCUCCGAAGAGAAAUAGAGUUACACGGCGGUAAGAGGAGGACGUCGGAGACAGGGAAUGUAGAGGCUGAAGACCAAGCCUCUGAGAUAACAGCACAGCCCAGUCACAGGGUCAUCAUCACUAAGGAUCGCAACCGAUUUUCGCGGAGCAUUCCACGAGACUUCUCUUACUCGCUGGAGAAUACACAAGUUGAUUCUAUGGAGAAUGGCUUUGCUAUUUCUUUGCCUCAUCGACUAUCUGCCUACAAUAUGGAUAAUGCUUCGCCGACAGCUAGCAUGAUCUCGUCUGACGGCCAACGCCUUGAUAACUUGCGGGAUAGUAGUAGCAGUCAUCGAUUCUCGUACAUGUCUUCUGGACAGAGAACGAUGGUUACAUCGGAAGGCUCAUCGCCAGCUUGUUCCCCAACGCGAGCGAGUUUUUGCAGUCAAGGGGAGGAUUUACAACCCCUCACAAGCCUGCCUGAAGUCCGCUUACGGCCGAAUGCUACAGCCAUUGUGAGCCGAAGACAGUCAAUGCAAACUAUGAUUUCAUCACUCGAAGCACCACUAGAGAAAAGCUCUCGCCCGUAUGCUAGUCCUACAACGUCUACAGGCCAUGAAAAUGAGCAAAUCAGUGGACCAAGCGUUCCGAACUUCAGCGUGCCUCAUGCAGCCGGCAAACGAUUUUCCUUAAAUGCGUCAGUACCUAGCGGUCCUAAUCAUCUACCACAGCCAGUCGAUCAUGAGAGGAAUGGCAAAACAUCACGGAAGACACCGCCCACAGCGCUUUUGAUGUCACGGCCCCUGUCGAUAGUAAUCGAUCAGCCAUCACCUAGAUCUCCUCGAUCACCAAAUUCAAUAUCAAUCUCGGUUGACUCUUGCCAGAGCUCUACAAUGGAAUUAAAGUAUGGAACCUCUGUCCUGGGCAGCCCAUCCGAGAUGAGCACUCUGGUUGAAGUAGGCCUACCCAGACAGCCUGCUCAGAUCCAGCCUUCACAGCUGAGCAGUGUAACCGAGAUUACUAGUAAUGCAUGCAAUCAAGUUAAUUUAAACUCUGGAGUUGACAUUGAUGAUGGGACAAACGAAAGCAGAACGGAUGAACAUAUCACUAGGGCGGCUUCAUCUCUUGAUUCGUAUGGUCCGCGACGAAGACUUUCAGGGACCUCGCCAAAUAAGGAAUCAUAUUCCAAGAGAUCAAGCUUUAUAAGCGAGAGCCUUUCUUCUCACCACCUACCCAGUUCAUCGGCCAUUAUGAAUGAACCGAAAGUAACGACCGACAACAAGGGAAACCUUGCGGUCAAAUCAUCAUGUUCCCCAAAGCGAUCUGCUCCAUCACUCCGACCUCCACCUCAGUCUCUUACGAACGAAACCCAAGAAAAGUCUAUCAUAUCUCGGCGCAGUAUGCCCCAAUUGAACGAUGGGCCGCCGGCGCCACCUCCGAACUGUGCACUUCCUCCCAUUCCCCGAAAGUCUUCAGCAGGGCACAACAGCAUAACUGCUUAACCUUACCUCGCAACCCCUAUCGGUUCCCUUUUGUUAUGGUCAUUUUUCUUGUGCAAACAAGGUCAAUGUUAUAAUUCACGUAUAUAUAUAUCAUGUCUUUAACGAUUUUUAUGAGGGUCUUGGUCUGGUUCGGAAGCCAGAGCGCGGCGUUUGCAGUUUAAGGAAUCGGCAAGUGUGGCAUUUUCAUGAGUUACAUGCUGGAACGGUUUUCUUUGGCAAUGGGCUUCCACUAUGCUGAAUUGUAUACUAUCAUACAGACGAGGAUAGCUAGCUUAUUUAAUGUUAUUUACGCUGUACUUCUGUAUUUUCAACUUUCAUAGUGUUAUAACCUGAUCCGACAUGAUAGCAAAACUGCUAUUGAAUGC